UUCCUCUGCGCACCAAACUUGCUGAGCUCUCCUCAACCAACUGUCAAACCCCAGUUUGUGAUGGCAUGAUACUCUUCCGGUCUGGUGAGAAAAGCAUUGAGCUUCUCACUUUUGCUGCUCCUGGUUGCUCCGACCCUUGUGCCCUGCAUUCAUGAUAUAAACCACCCACUACACAUAGCUAUCAAAUACACGGCCAUUCCUCCUCCCUUCAAAAAGUGUACCUGUGAACUCUUCUGCUCUUCUUGCGACAGUAACAAUCGCCCUUCUCUUCUACAACAACUCUGAACUCUACCUCGACGCUUGCGCACCUGCGAUAUUGGCCCAGACAGAUAUUGCUUUGGCUCCCUCGUGCUGCGCCGCCAACGCCAUUCAUACAGUCCAUCAUGGACAAAUUGAACGAAGCUUCAGCCGACUCGGUUAUGGCGAAACCCGCCAGCGCUGGGAUCCCCAACGACGGCACCGGUGUCAUCCAGCUUGAUCCUUACCUCGAGCCUUACAAGGCCUCCCUCCGAUCACGCUUCUCCAAGGCCCAAAAUUGGAUCAAAACGAUCAACAAGACCGAAGGUGGCCUUGCGAACUUCGCCAAGGGAUACGAGAAGUAUGGGUUCCUCGUUGCACCUGAUCACACUAUCACCUACCGAGAAUGGGCACCUUUUGCGCUGCGCGCAUUCUUGAUCGGAGACUUCAAUGGCUGGAAUCGAGACAGCCACGAGAUGAAGAGAGAUCCCUUCGGUGUGUGGGAGAUUACUUUGCAUCCGGUGAAUGGCGCUCCGGCCAUCGAACAUGACAGCAAGAUCAAGAUCAGCUUAGUGGUGCCUAACGACUAUGCGAGACAAGAGAGGAUACCGGCAUGGAUUAAAAGAGUCACACAGGAUCUCUCGGUCUCGCCGGUCUAUGAUGCCCGCUUCUGGAACCCGCCCAAAAAAUACCAGUUCAAGAACCCACGACCACCGAAGCCUCUGAGCGCACGAAUCUACGAAGCUCACGUAGGCAUUUCCAGUCCCGAGCCCAAGGUAGCCACGUACAAAGAAUUCACCCAGAACACGCUGCCAAGAAUCCGGGAUUUGGGAUAUAAUACCAUUCAGCUGAUGGCGAUUAUGGAACAUGCCUACUAUGCUUCGUUCGGCUACCAGAUCAAUUCUUUCUUUGCGGCUUCUUCGCGAUAUGGCCUGCCCGAUGACCUCAAAGAGCUCAUUGAUACAGCACACGGAAUGGGAAUCACGGUUCUGUUGGACGUUGUUCACUCGCACGCUAGCAAGAACGUCUUGGAUGGACUGAACAUGUUUGACAACAGCGAUCACUUGUACUUUCACGAGGGUGCGCGCGGCCGACACGAAUUGUGGGAUAGCCGGCUAUUCAACUAUGGACACCACGAAGUUCUCCGAUUCCUGUUGUCUAACCUCCGCUUCUGGAUGGACGAGUACCAAUUUGACGGCUUCCGAUUCGACGGUGUCACCAGCAUGCUCUACACCCACCACGGCAUUGGGACUGGAUUCAGCGGAGGUUACCACGAGUACUUUGGACCCAAUGUUGAUGAGGACGGUGUGGUCUACCUCAUGCUGGCCAACGAAAUGCUUCACGAGCUUUAUCCCGAUUGUAUUACGAUCGCCGAGGAUGUCAGCGGAAUGCCAGCACUAUGCAUCAAGCUGAGCCUGGGAGGAAUAGGAUUCGACUACAGGCUGGCAAUGGCUGUGCCUGAUCUGUACAUCAAAUGGCUCAAGGAGAAACAAGACAUCGACUGGGACAUGGGAAACCUCUGUUUCACCUUGACAAACCGCCGUCAUGGCGAGAAGACCAUUGCAUAUGCGGAAUCUCACGAUCAAGCACUCGUCGGUGACAAGACACUGCUCUUCUGGUUGUGCGAUGCAGAAAUGUACACAAACAUGUCGAACCUGAGCGAGUUCACUCCAGUCAUUGAGCGCGGUAUGGCUUUGCACAAGAUGAUCCGCUUGAUUACCCACAGUCUUGGAGGUGAGGCAUACCUCAACUUUGAAGGAAAUGAGUUCGGACAUCCGGAAUGGCUGGACUUCCCGCGUGAGGGCAAUGGCAACAGUUUCCACUACGCCCGACGCCAGUUUAACUUGGUCGAGGAUGAACUCCUCCGUUACCGCUUCCUCAAUGACUUUGACCGCAACAUGCAGUGGACCGAGCAGAAAUAUGGCUGGUUGCACUCACCGCAGGGCUACAUCAGCCUGAAGCACGAAGGCGACAAAGUCAUUGUCUACGAGCGCGCUGGUCUGCUUUUCAUUUUCAACUUCCACCCCAGCGAGUCAUUCACCGACUAUCGCGUCGGUGUGGAGGCAGCAGGCACCUACCGUGUGGUCAUCAACUCUGAUGAAAAGGCCUUCGGAGGAUUGGCACGGAUUCAGAAUGAGACGCGGUUCUUCACAACCGACAUGGAAUGGAAUGGACGCAAGAACUACUUGCAGGUCUACCUACCCACCCGGACGGCAAUGGUCCUGGCGCUGGAGGAGACACUGGACCCGAGCUGGAAAUCCAAUGUUUCUCUGGGCUAUUGAGCAGUUUAGCGCGCAGAGGGCGCGGUCAGCUCUGACUGUGAUGAUGCACGGUCCUGUGUAUGCGACAAGUUUAUAUUAUGACUGAUGAACAUCGUUGUGAAUUACGAACUUUCAAACCCU